AUUAAAGGGGAAUACGAACUCAAAAGCAGAAGAAGAAGAAAAAAAGAAAAAUUGGAAAGAAGAAAAUAAGUUCUGUCGCUUGUUGAAGAGUGGUGAAGAAGAGGGUGAGUGUGAGGAGUAGAGUUGUGUUGUCUUCGCUCGGUGAGGCCAGUCGCUUGUGAGCGCCACGGCAAGAAUGGAAGUGUGCCGUAUUUGGGUGCUCUUACUGUUACAAGUGGCGGUGAUUCUCGUGGGGCGGCAAGUCAGGGGCGAAGAUACGGCAACAUCCCCCGUCACAGUGCCGAGUGGAGGACCUAAUGUGUGUGGCCGAGGUCCAAGAAGCCAGUGUUGCCCAGGAUGGACAAAAAGAAGCGGCAACGGCGCUCUUCGUGUGGUGAAGGUCGGUGUAUUCGACCAAACAUAUGUUACUGUGGCAACAGACAAGUUGGACCCUCGUGUGAUGGUUUCGGUGGUGGAACAUCAUUACCAGGAGUUGGUGGGAAAGUACCUGAUGGAGGUGGAGGUACUAAUGGAGGUUCGAAGUUACAUCCGAUUGGACCAGGAAAUGUAAUCCAUCCAGGACAAGGUGGAGGAUUAUGCCAAGAACCCUGUCUGAAUGGAGGACGGUGCAUAGGACCUGAUCGAUGUGCCUGUGUUUAUGGUUUUACUGGAAGGAGAUGUGAAAGAGAUUAUCGCACUGGACCCUGCUUCCGUAAAGUUAGAAAUCAAUUUUGUGCUGGUCAAUUAACGGGGGUGGUCUGCACCCGACAACUGUGCUGUGCUACCGUAGGUGUUGCGUGGGGACAUCCAUGCGAACAGUGUCCGUCCAAACUAGACUGUGAUAGAGGAUAUAUUACUAAUAUUAAUUCCAGAACUUGUCAAGAUGUUGACGAAUGUGAAGCCAUUCCUGGCAUUUGUGAGAAAGGAAAAUGUGUCAAUUCCAUGGGAUCAUUUCGCUGCGACUGCGAUGAAGGUUAUUUGUAUAAUGAAGACGCCGGAGAAUGUGAAGAUGUUAAUGAAUGCGAAGGAAAUCUUGAUCUGUGUACUCAUGGUCGUUGUGUCAACACAGAAGGAAGUUUUAACUGUCUGUGUGAUUACGGAUACGUACCUGCUCAAAAUCAACAAGCUUGUCUAGAUACAAGGCAAGGCUUCUGUUAUGUGGAUGUAUCCAGUGGUCAAUGCAAAAAUCCUCUGGCUGUACGCUUAUCAAAAGUUGAGUGCUGCUGCGGGGAAAACAUGGGUAAAGGUUGGGGAGAACAACCAUGUGAGGCGUGUCCCCUCCCAGGUUCUAAAAGUUACAGACAGUUGUGCACCGCCGCAUCCUUGCUUGACAUCAACGAAUGUGACUUGCGACGUGAUUUUUGUGAAAAUGGUCGAUGCAUCAAUACACCAUCUUCCUAUCGUUGUGAAUGCAAUAAAGGAUUCAGAGCAGUGAUGAAUGAUAAGAAAUGUGAUGAUAUCGAUGAGUGUCAAAACGCGACUCUUUGCCAGGGAGGUCGCUGCAUAAAUUCUAUAGGAAACUUUGACUGUAUUUGUCCUACGGGAUAUGAUCUCACAUCUGAUGGAACUAAAUGCACAGAUCAGGACGAAUGCUCCAUUACGGGAAUGUGUGCGAAUGGCGAGUGCGUGAAUGGCGACGGAUCAUUUACCUGCAGAUGUAAACCUGGAUUUUCACUGUCUCCAACGAGACAGUCUUGUAUAGAUAUCGAUGAAUGCAAAGAAAAUGGCCGAAUCUGUUUGAGAGGCCGUUGCCAAAACUUACCUGGAAGUUAUAAAUGUGAUUGUCAGGAAGGAUUUAUCCUUUCACCCCAGGGAGACUUUUGCUUAGAUAGAAAUGAAUGUGAAGAAAAAGGCAUGUGCAGGCAUGGAACUUGUGUUAAUGGAGAUGGCAGCUUCAAAUGCAUCUGCGAUCCUGGUUACAAAUUGUCACCUGAUGGACAUUUUUGCAUUGACAUCAAUGAAUGUUUGGAAUUGCCAGAUUCAUGUGUUAACGGAAGAUGUGAAAAUACUGAUGGAAGUUUCCACUGCAGUUGUACAGAUGGAAUGACUAUGAGUCCAAAUGGAAGAAUAUGUCAAGACACCAGAAGAGACUACUGUUUUUCGAACUACAAGAAUGGUGAAUGUAGCAGUCCAUCUUCAAUGGUUGUCACAAAAUCUGCUUGUUGUUGCGCUAAUAGAGGUGCCAUGACUCCUGCCUGGGGAAUACAAUGUGUGCCCUGUCCUGCACCAGGCUCAAAAGAAUUCUUACAACUGUGUCCUAGAGGCCCUGGAUCUGGUCAAGAAGAUGAUAUCAACGAAUGUGUUGUAUUUCCAAACAUCUGCCCUAAUGGAGCCUGCGAAAACUUAAAAGGAAGUUAUAGAUGUAUUUGCAAUCCAGGGUACCAAGUCGAUUCUACUGGCAAAAUUUGCUCAGAUGUAAAUGAGUGUGCUGUCAACUUACUUCUGUGUGAUAAUGGCCAAUGCAGAAAUACUCCAGGAAGUUUUCAAUGCACCUGUCCCAUCGGUUAUCGUCACAAUAUCCAAACUAAUACAUGCGACGAUGUUGAUGAAUGUAAGGAAAGGGGUUCUGAAAUAUGUAUAGGAGGCACUUGUUUUAAUACUUUAGGAAGUUACCAAUGUGAAUGUGAACCUGGGUCUGCUUUGGAUGCUUCCAGAAACACCUGCAUAGAUAAUAGACGAGGAUCGUGUUGGAUGUCCGUAAAAAAUGGCCGAUGUGAGAAUGACAUUAAGUUCCCGAUGUUGAAGUCUGAAUGUUGUGGAACUGUUGGCAAAGCUUGGGGUAGUCCUUGUCAAUUAUGCACUGGAAUAGAGAACCGAUGCCCCAAAGGUUACGCAAUGCUGGAUGGUUCAACAUGCACAGAUGUAAAUGAAUGUGAAGUAUUUCCUGGAAUCUGCCAAGGUGGUGGAUUAUGCGUCAAUGUUGAAGGAUCCUAUCGUUGUAACUGUCCCCCAGGGCUGACUCUAGACUCCACUGGAAGCAAAUGCUUUGAUCUGCGAGAGGAAGUUUGUUACAUGCAGUACGAAAAAGGAAGAUGUCUCAAACCUUUUGACGGUUCCCACCAGAAGAUGCUGUGCUGUUGCUCUCUUGGAAGAGCCUGGGGUCAUACUUGUGAACCAUGUCCCAGACCAGGAACAGAGGCUUUCAACGAGCUGUGUGUUAAAGGUUUUGGAUAUGCUUUUGAUAACAGAGGGCGGCACGAGCCUGGUUUAAUUACUGAUAUCAAUGAGUGUGGACAGUUUCCUUUUAUCUGCCAAAAUGGAAGAUGCAGAAAUACGGCUGGCAGCUUUAGUUGCCAAUGCAAUCCCGGAUUUGCACUCGAUUCUGAUGGUUUAAACUGCACUGACAUAAACGAAUGCACAAUUGCUCAUGGUAUCUGUGCAAAUGGGACUUGCCGGAACACACCAGGAUCUUUUAGAUGCGACUGUGAUGAAGGAUUCGAAGACAUGAUGAUGAUGCAAAUGUGCAUGGACAUCAAUGAAUGUACUCGAAUCAGAGGCUUGUGUCGUGGUGGAACAUGUAUUAACACACCAGGAUCAUUUCGAUGCGAGUGCCCCGAAGGUCAUGAACUGACACCCAAUGGAAGAGCUUGUAAAGAUGUGGAUGAAUGCAGCCGGACCAGUGGCAUAUGCUCUCACGGAGUGUGUGAAAACAUGAUGGGCUCGUAUCAGUGUACCUGUAACGACGGAUAUAAACAAACAUCCCAACAUACUAGCUGUGAAGAUAUUGAUGAGUGCACUGACAAAAAAGGGGGUUGUCAAUCAAGAUGUGAUAACAGCGCUGGUAGUUACAAGUGUGGCUGCGAUGAUGGAUAUAAAUUAAUGCCUGAUGGAACUAGUUGCGAAGAUAUUGAUGAGUGUAAAGAUAUUCCCAAUAUUUGCAGUGGUGGAAAGUGUACUAACCAUGCCGGAUCUCACACUUGCCACUGUACAGGAGGUCUAAGGCCAUCUGGAGAUGGAAAAUCUUGCAUCGAUAUCGAUGAAUGCGCUUUAAAUCCAAAUGUCUGUCUCAAUGGACGAUGUGAAAAUAAUUUGGGAUCUUACAUUUGUCAUUGCGAUCCUGGUUACUCUAUUAAAGAUCGCGAACAAGGUUGCACAGACGAUAAUGAAUGCGAGAGCGGCCUGAGUGAAUGCCACGAACACGCCGAAUGCAUCAACACUCUCGGAUCUUAUGAAUGCACGUGCACGGAUGGAUUCAGGGGAGAUGGAUAUGUUUGCCGAGAUGUGAAUGAGUGCUUGAGAGACAAUGGAGGUUGUGAUCCGGAUGCUGCCUGUGUUAAUGCAAUGGGAUCUUUUGAAUGUGCCUGCGACUCAGGAUUCACCGGAGAUGGGCACACUUGUCGUGAUAUUGACGAAUGCAGCCUAAACCCAAAUCUUUGUGAAAACGGCCAGUGUUUGAAUUACGGUGGUAGUUACAGAUGCGAGUGUGACAUGGGUUUCGAACCAGAAGACAGUGAAAGAACGUGUGUUGACGUGGAUGAAUGUGCUCUCUUCCAAAAUAAUUGUGCGUAUGGUCGGUGUGAAAAUAUAUUUGGCAUGUUUAGAUGUAUUUGCAAUACAGGUUAUCAAUUAGACCCUACUGGCGGAAACUGCACAGAUAUAAAUGAAUGUGAAAAUCCUCAGAUAUGCCAGUAUGGAACGUGCAUCAAUACACCAGGAUCAUUCGUUUGUGAGUGUCCACCAAAUUAUUCACUUGCACCAAAUGGAGCAGGCUGCGUCGAUGUUCGAGAAGGACAAUGCUUUUUAGACGUUGUUGGAGCUUAUAAUGGUCGUGGAAUUUGUAACACCGAACUGGGUGAAAGACUGACCAAAGCAACUUGCUGUUGCUCUGUAGGAAAAGGAUGGGGACCGACCUGUGAAGUGUGUCCUACGCUUAAUACUACCGAAUAUAGGAAUCUAUGUCCCGGAGGCAAAGGUUUUAGACCCAAUCAAAUAACUGUGGUGUUAGAAGAUAUUGAUGAAUGCAGAGAAAUGACGGGUGUUUGCAAAGGUGGGAGAUGUUCUAAUACCUUUGGAAGUUUCAUGUGUAUCUGUCCUGACGGAUACACUUUAGACGAUACACAACGUAAUUGUGUUGAUGUGAAUGAGUGUGUAUUGCGACCUGAUAUUUGUGGAGCUGGUACAUGUGUGAAUGGAGAAGGAAGUUACACAUGCAUAUGCCCUCCUGAUUUUGUUUUAGUUCCUGGUGGAACAUGCGUUGACAUGAGAAGAGCUAAUUGUUUCCGACAAGCAUACACCUCUGCCGCGAUUCCCGCACGCCUUGUUUGUGAACAUCCUAUGAUGACCAAUGAAACCAAAGUGAUGUGCUGUUGCUCAAUAGGUCGUGGGUGGGGUGACCCAUGUGAACCUUGUCCAGUUCAAGGCACAGAUGAUUAUAGGAAGCUCUGUAGUUUUUCACCAGGGACAUAUGUUGAUCCGAUGACAGGUGAAAAAGGCGAUAUGGACGAAUGCAAAACGGGUGUUUGUGAGAACGGUUAUUGUACAAAUACCAUUGGUAGUUUUGUUUGUGAGUGCUACAAUGGCUACAGAUACAACUCAUUCAUCAACAAAUGCGAAGAUAUCAAUGAAUGCAUUGAAACACCAAAUGUUUGCCAAGGAAGCUCCACAUGUGUCAAUACAAUCGGAAGCUUCGAAUGCAAGUGCCCGGAUGGAUACAAACUAGCACCAAGUCAACGAGACUGCUUAGAUGUAAAUGAAUGCUCAAAGACUGGAAUGUGUGAUAACGGUGUUUGCAAGAAUCUAGACGGAAGUUUUGUCUGCACUUGCAACAACGGUUAUUAUUUAUCUCCUUCUGGGGAACACUGUAUAGAUAUUGAUGAGUGUACUCGAAGUCCUGGUAUUUGCUCGGAUGGUGUUUGCACAAAUGUCCCUGGAUCAUACCACUGUAAAUGCAAUCCUGGAUUCACUUUAUCACCGAAUGGGGAUUGCUUUGAUAUCGACGAAUGCCGUGGUCAGUUUGGUAUCUGUCAAAAUGGUCGAUGUAGGAAUACAAUUGGAAGCUUUACAUGUCAAUGCCAAAAUGGUUAUUCUCUCAGUCCAGAUGGUCGUAACUGUAUAGAUAUUAAUGAAUGUUCCGAUAAUAUAUGCACUCAGGGUAACUGUAGAAACUCUGAAGGAUCAUUUCAAUGCACUUGCGAUGAUGGUUAUAAAUUGACACCAAAUAAAAGAGAUUGCGAAGAUAUUGAUGAAUGUCGUUCAGUUCCUGGUAUAUGUGAGGGUGGAACUUGUACGAAUACGCAAGGAGGUUUUAAGUGCACAUGUUCCAAGGGACACAAGUUAUCUUCUGAUGGCAAAACUUGCAUUGACACCAGACAGAGUUUCUGUUUCCAAGAGUUUAUCAAUGGAGUCUGUGCCAAUCCUAGAUUAUCCAACAUGACGAGGAAGGAAUGUUGCUGUAUGAAGGGAUCUGUCGGAUGGGGAUCCACUGCCUGUGAACGAUGUCCCGAUCCAAGAGGAGAGGCUUUCAAACAAAUGUGCCCAGAUGGUUUCGGAUACGUCAUUGUUGAUGGUAUGAUGGAGGAUAUCAAUGAAUGCAUGAUGGACCCAACUUUGUGUGAAAAUGGAAUCUGUGUCAACAUGGAUGGCAGUUACAGAUGCGAAUGCCAGGAUGGGUUUAAGAUAGAUAGCACAGGAACAAAAUGCAUUGAUGUUGAUGAAUGCAGAGAAGUAGGUUCACCUUGUGGAAAUGGAACGUGUACAAAUGUGAUUGGAGGAUUUGAAUGUGACUGUCGAGAAGGUUACAUUUCUGGACCACGACAAACUUGUGAAGAUGUCAAUGAAUGUGAAGAUAUGGGUUCUUUGUGCGCUUUUAGAUGUCAAAAUAUGCCCGGAGGGUUUAAAUGCACCUGUCCAUAUGGUUACACCUUGGCUGCAGAUGGUAGACAUUGUGAAGAUUUGGAUGAAUGUCAGACACCAGCCAACGAUUGUCGUUUCCAGUGCAAGAAUCUGAUUGGUUCUUUCAUGUGCAUCUGUCCAGACGGUUACAGACAAGUUGGCAUGGCCGACGACUGUGUAGAUAUUGAUGAGUGUAGAACCAUUCCGGAUGUUUGCUCUAAUGGGCGAUGCAUCAAUACAAGGGGCUCUUACCGAUGUGAAUGCUUUGAUGGUUUUGAACCUUCUAGAACACAAAAAGAAUGCGUUGAUGUGAGGGCUGGUUACUGCUUUAAACUACCAUCAUGUUCUGCUCAGACAAGGGAUGUAAGAGAAAUGACCAGAGUGGACUGCUGUUGUGGAAUGGGUGCCGCAUGGGGUCCAAGAUGCGAACGUUGUCCCCAAAGAGGAACUCAGACUUACAAUGAUCUUUGUCCACAUGGUGUAGGUUUUGACAAAGAUGGAAGAGAUGUAGAUGAAUGUAGUCUUAUGAGACAUCUGUGUCAAAAUGGAAGAUGCAUAAACACAAUGGGGUCUUAUCGCUGCAUCUGCAACAAGGGAUACAAACCAGAUUCAAGUGGCACAAACUGUAUUGAUGUGAAUGAGUGUGAUCAUGUUCCAACACCUUGUAAGUUUACUUGUGAGAACACAGAAGGCAGCUUUAGAUGCUCAUGUCCUGUCGGAUACAACUUAGGCGUUGAUGGUAUCACAUGCUUAGAUAUUGAUGAAUGUAAAACGGGAAGACACACAUGCCAAAAUCAAUGCAUCAAUACACAAGGAAGUUACCAAUGUGCUUGCCAGAAGGGAUAUUCACAGGAUGGUGGACAGUGUUUGGAUGUCAAUGAAUGUACAGAUGAACCCAGUCUGUGUGGUCCAUCAGGAACAUGCAUGAAUAUGCCAGGUAGUUUCAAAUGCCUGUGUCCAAGAGGUUUCAAUAUUGAUCCUUCAGGAAGAUUUUGUAUUGAUAACGAUGAGUGUUUAGAUGAUAGUCGAUGCCAACAUGGCUGCGAAAAUUUAGCAGGAAGCUAUAGAUGCGGAUGUCCUGAUGGCUACCGUCAACACAGUUACUGGAACCACUGUAUAGAUGAUAAUGAAUGUACAUCAGGAUCUGCAUGUGGCUCAGCAUCUUGUGAAAACACGCCUGGAAGUUUCUCCUGCAGUUGCCCGCCUGGAUAUAUUUUUGACGGCACUCACAUGGCAUGCAUUGAAUUAGGUGGCGGCGGAGGUGGAUGCUCGAAUGCCCCUUGCAGUUUUGGAUGCUUACCUACUGGCUCACAUGGCUACUCCUGUGGUUGCCCCGACGGAUAUCAACGAAUUGGACAAGGACACUGUGUAUCUGCUAUCCCCACAUCCCCAUAUGGUGGUGGCUACUACCCACCAGGCCAAUUUAACAAUGUACUGGACAAUAGUAUUUCUCAACUUGGAAAUCUGCGAGGAGCAGGAGGUGGCGAUGGUACCUACACAAUACCUGGAGAGAAAGUGAUUUCUACUGAAGGAUGUUAUUCUUGCAAAUUAAAUAGCAAUAACCGACAAAAACGUGAUUUAACACGACAGAGGCAACAUAAUCUGGGUCACAUUGGGCGUCACAAUCUAAGAAGACUAGACAAGAAAGUACCCAAUAGAAUACAACAUGGUCAUCAUCGCCGUUCUAAGCAAGAUUACCAUUUUACAAAAGCAGCCAACUCAACAAAAAAUAAAAUUUGGAAAUCUGGUAUGCACCUCACAGUGUUGGUGCCAGUAAAGAGCUUUCUUCAAGACAUAGAUCUCCUUAAAAUACAGCCAGCAUUUACAUAUCUAAAAAACAAUGAACAUUUUAACAUUGUUGAUGGAAACAGAGAAAAUCUAUUCCAGAUUUCUAUGCGUGAUGGUGUGGCAGUGUUAAGCAAUAGAGAAAAAAUUCAAGAACCAGGACUUCACAUUCUAAAAAUCCUAGGCACUGUCGACAGUGCAAAUUUUAAAUCAAGUACAGAGGAAGAGGAACCUUUCCAUCUAACAGUGCAUAUAGUAAUUAAGUAACGACUAUAAAAACAUUCUCUUUUUCUUGACGGAAAUUUAUGAAGCUUUAAAAGAUGUUGACGAAAUAAUUUAUGUGUGUCUGUGUUCAAACAUUAAUGCUUAUGGGAGAGCUUGAAGAAUUAACAUGCUUCUUUAAAUCAUUUUCGAACGAACAAAACAGUAUUAAAAUUUGUGUUCUUAUCAUAAAUAUGUACUUUUAGUGAAUAUUUAAAUCAAUAGAAGGAUAUAUAAGUUAAGAGUGCCUUUAUUUAAAUUAAUGUAAUAUAAAUGUGCUGAUCUUACACCAAAAUUCACACUAGCAGUAAGCUUAUUUAAAUUCUACAAGUAGCCAUAUAAAUAAGGCUGUUAUUAGGCCAAUAUUCAUACAUUUUGGCUAAUUAAGAGCUGGAGAACAUUAUUAAAAAAUAUUUUAUAACUAUUACAUAGCCCAUGGAGAUUUCUUGAAUUCAGUCAAUAUUUUUUUGGCCACUAAUGAGCCCAGAUAGAAUGGAUAUGAAAUUGACUGAGUCGAACUAGUUUUGCUAAUCUUUGUUGGGUUAAUGUUUAGGCCUAGGGGUCAAAGAUUAAGCUGUUGCUAUGGUGGAUGAAUAUGAAUAGUGUGCCAAGCAUUUGCACUACUACUUGCUUGCUCUUCUGUGCAUUUAUAUUCUGCAAGUUUAUGUCUGUGUGCUCUCUUUCAUGCGAAAUAGAUACACAAAAAGAAAAGUUCUGCACAAAAUUGCCAACAAAUGCUUAAUGCUCAAGUAAUUCAUAAUAUAUUUAUGCACCUGCUUUGGUUUUUGUUCCUUCUUUUAGAUAAAGGCACUCUUUUAUUUUAAGCUAAUUAAAUUUAUUGUUCUCUAACAGUAAAAUAUUAAGUACUUUUCCUUUAUUAAGGACAUGAUAGUAUAAAGUCCUCAACAACAAAAAAAGUAAAAUGAUGAUAAAAUUGAAAUGAAAUUUUGGCAAAAAUUCUUGACCACCAAUCAGAGGAAAUUGGUGCUGGCCGGUUGGCAAUCGCACAAAGCUUAUACUAGAAAAAGUAGUCUUUAUAAAGGAGUAGUACUAUAUUUAUCGAAUUAAAAAAAAAAGACUAAAAUUUUGAGAACAGAUAUCAUUUUUUUAUGUUUUACUCUAUGUGGUUAAAUAUCUCAAUUUUAUACAUUAAUUUAAAUAGUAUAGAUUACUAGAGUGCCAAAUGAAGAAUUAAAAAAAAAUCUUCCAAUCUUGAAAACUGUGAUAUAAACAAGUUUUUUCUUAGUGUAAACUUUAGUCUCUAUUUUUGUUGAUAUCUGCUGGUGUUUAAGUUUAUGGUGUAUUUUCUAAAUUUUUAAAAAAAUGAAAAGCUUGUUAAGAAAUUUUUAAAAAAAAUAGAAUUAUGUUCACACUUUUGGGUGAUGUUAUAAUUUGAAUUAGAGAUUGUGAACAUUUCUGACUAUAGUUGCAUUAAUAGCAAUAAUAUUGUCAUUCUGUUGUAUCACUUUACGUCAUCAUAUCAUCAUUUUUGUAAGCUUUUCCAUGUGAAAGAAAUGUACAGUAUCUGUAAAAAUUAUAAUUUUUACAAAUAAAGUUAUUUAUGUACAUUGUAAAA